UGGAGAGAGUGGUGCUGGGAAAACAGAGAGUACAAAGCUAUUGCUGCAGCACAUAAUGAACCUGUGCAAAGGCAACUUGCAGCUGGAGCAGCAGAUCCUCCAGGUGAAUCCUUUGCUUGAAGCUUUUGGCAAUGCCCAGACUGUGAUGAAUGACAACAGCAGCCGCUUUGGAAAAUACAUAAUGCUGCGUUUCCAGAACAGUACAGUGCAAGGUGCAAAGCUGAGUGAGUACCUGCUAGAGAAGUCACGAGUAGUGCAACAAGACACUGGGGAGAGGAAUUUUCACAUCUUCUACUACAUGUUUGCUGGACUGUCUUCAGAGGAGAAGGAAGUGUAUGGGCUAUUGAAUCCUACCCUCUACAGGUACAUAAGUGGACAGUAUGGUACGCAGGAUGUAGCUCAACGCUGGAAGCACAAAUACCAGGAGGUGUGCAAUGCCCUUGACAUUGUGGGCUUCCAGGAGCAGGAGAAAGUGGACAUGCUGGCUAUCUUGGCUGGUGUGUUGUCUCUGGGCAAUGUGACCUUCGAGCCUGAGGAGAGCAAUGGGUCUGUAAAAGUCAGUGAAACCUCCCAGGGGUGGCUGAAGGCUGCAGCGGGUCAGUUUGGAGUCCAGGAAGACGAGCUGUUAAAAUGUCUUAUUUGUACAAUGGCAGUGACACGAGGUGAGCAGAUUCAGCGUUUUCACACCCAACAGCAGGCAGAAGAUGCUCGGGACUCCAUUGCAAAGGUGGCGUAUGGCCGAGUGUUUGGCUGGAUCGUUGGCAAGAUCAAUGAGCUGCUGGCUGAGAAUGUGGAUCCUGAGGUGGAACUGAGGGAGAUAGGCAUCUUGGAUAUUUUUGGGUUUGAAAACUUUCCAGUGAAUCGUUUUGAACAACUUUGCAUAAACUUGGCCAAUGAGCAGCUGCAGCACUUCUUCAACCAUCACAUUUUCCAGUUGGAGCAGGCUGCCUAUAAGGAAGAAGGGCUGCCUUGGGAGAAUAUCACAUUCAACAAUAAUGAACCUAUUCUGAAUCUGCUCCUGGCCAAGCCACUUGGGCUACUAUCUCUUCUGGAUGAGCAGAGUGCAUUCCCUCAGGCAACUGACAAGUCAUUUGUGGAUAAACUAAACAGCAGCUUCAAGGGGAAUUCACACUUCCAGGCAGCCCAGGGCCGUGUGUUGGGCUUCAGCAUCAUUCAUUAUACUGGGAAAGUACAAUAUGCUGCCAAGGGCUUUCUAGAAAAGAACAGAGACACCUUGCCAGCCAGUAUCCGUGGGCUCUUCAUCAACAGUGUCACCCCCUUGCUCAGUGUGCUGUUCACAGCCACUGUCUCCAGGACGGGGACACUGAUGUCUCAUGUGAAAGCUAAGAUCACACCAGGAGCAGAUGACAAGUUCAACAGCACACGGAAACAGUCUGCUGGAGCUCAGUUCCGGCAUUCCCUGACAGUGCUCAUGGAGAGGAUGUAUUCUGCCAACCCACACUUUGUGCGCUGCAUAAAGCCCAACAGCCUGAAGGAGCCAGGUGUGGUGGAUGACCAGGUGGUGCUGCUGCAGUUCACUCCUUUUGAUAACUUCUUGGGCCCUUCUGCACCUUGCCCUGUUCUGGGGACAGAGGAACAGACGGAAGAAGAAGCAAAAAUGAGGAAACUCAAGAGAGGAGCAACUCUCCGUUGGUUCAAAGAGACACAGGCCCAGAAGGUCAUGCAGGAUGAUGGGGCCUUUCCAAGCUGGCUGCAUGGGAUGAUCAGCCGGCGGGGCAAAGACCGCUGCAGACACUACAUGAUCCGGAUGCAGGCCAACGCACGCUAUGUCAUCCUGGGGGAAGACCGGGCUCACGCCUCACUCACAGAGCUGGUUCGCUAUUACCAGACCGUGGGCAUCCGGCCCUUUAUGGAGAUACUGACUGUUCCCUGUGGGCAG